AUGACGGUCCAUACCGAGCCACAUGCGUCUCGAGAUGCGACACAUCGCGUUGGCCAGCAUCAGGACUUCUCGACGACCGCAAUCAAUGAACGAUUACAAAGUCAGCGAGCCAGGACAGCAGACAAUAGCGUCGACGAGCAGGAAUAUGUGUUAACUCUACUGACAGACCCUGCUCACCACGAGUAUAUGACCUCUUUUCGCAAGAAGUACUUUCCCGCCAAGCUGAACAAGCUUGAAGCUCAUAUCACCAUGUUUCACGCUCUUCCUGAGUCUAAGCUUGAGAGUGAUGUGCUUCCAGCCAUACAGGACAUCACCUCAAAGACCAGUGAAUAUCGUAUUCGUGCCACGAAUGCCUUCAGACUAUCCAAAGGCGUCGCAAUAGCUGUUGCUGAUGACAUUGAGCAUCCGAAGAUGGGCAGCCACAAAAGAAACAUGACUCGCAUAAUCCAUGCUGAACUGCGCAAGAAGUGGUCCGGUUGGUUGAGUGAGCAGGACUCGGCACCUCCAAAAUUACACUAUACCGUGAUGAACAAGGUAACAGACGAUAAGGUCAUCAACAACGCCUUGCAUGAAUUACACGAGGAACUCUCGCGUGCAGAGAAAGAGAGACCAGAAUUGGAAUCGGCUGUGAAGGGCUUGACGCUAUGGAAGUACGAGCGCGGCUUCUGGAAUGACCCGCAGCACUUCAUAUUUGGGAAAGGUACAUCUUAA